ACUCCCUAUCAACUAACUUAUCACCUUAAUUGUUGAGCCGGGCCUUAAUCUCCCUAUUUAUACCAAGUGUCGCCAUACUUUUCUUUCAUAAACGCACUCCCAGCUUUAAUUCUUGUCUCCAAGAGUUGCUCACUUCACUAUCUCUUCUCAUUAUUUCUCCUCACACUGUCCCAUGGCUCCCAUUCUCUACCUCAUUCUCAUUCUCACAGUUUCUUCAAGCAGCAGUGUUGAGGGCCAACCGUCACCAGGCUACUACCCUAGCUCCGAAUUCAGUUCUUUAAGCUUUGAUCAAGGAUUUAGGAACCUAUGGGGUCCUCAGCAUCAAAGAGUAGACCAGGGCGUGUUAACAAUCUGGCUUGAUAGAAGCUCAGGAAGUGGGUUUAAGUCACUUCAUCAGUACCGUUCUGGUUACUUUGGAGCUGCCAUCAAGCUCCAACCCGGUUACACCGCUGGAGUUAUUACAUCUCUCUAUCUUUCGAACAACGAAGAUCACCCUGGGAACCAUGAUGAAAUUGAUAUUGAGUUCCUUGGAACAAUACCCGGAAAGCCCUAUACUUUGCAGACUAACGUAUACAUAAAAGGAAGUGGCGAUGGAAAUAUUAUUGGAAGAGAAAUGAAGUUCCAUCUCUGGUUUGAUCCUACUCAAGACUUCCAUAACUAUGCUAUCCUAUGGACCCCGACUGAGAUUAUAUUCCUUGUGGAUGAUGUGCCAAUUAGGAGGUAUCCAAGGAAGAGCGAUGCCACAUUUCCCUUAAGGCCAAUGUAUCUAUAUGGUUCAAUAUGGGAUGCGUCAUCAUGGGCUACUGACAAUGGAAGAUACAAAGCCGAUUAUCAAUACCAACCCUUCGUUGGUAGAUACAAAAACUUCAAAUUAACUGGUUGCACUGCCGAUGGAUCUCCCUCCUGCCACCCACCCUCCGCCUCGCCGUCCGAAUCAGGUGACCUCAGCCAACAACAACUCUCUGCAAUGGAUUGGGUACAGAGAAACUACUUGGCAUAUGACUACUGCCAUGACCCCAAAAGAGACCAUACCCAAACACCCGAGUGUUAAGGUUAAUUACAAUAUUGAUGUGUUGAUUUUGUGUGUUAUUUAUUUAUUAUAUAAUCACAAUUACAUUAAGUUUUGGAGGUUCUUGAGAUGGAUUCCUUUUGCAAAGAGAAGGUGCAAGAGUAGUUAAGCGUCCAAGACUCCAUCAUGCUGAAGGUAUUGUCGUUUUUGUUAUCGUAUGGGUCGUCUGGUUUGCUGAAUUUGUAAUGAAUAAAAUUUAUUUCCCAUUUGGAGUA